AUGAGUGGUCUGAGGCUGGGGCUGAGGCUGAGGCUGGGUCUGGGGCUUAGGCUGGGUCUGAGGCUGUGUCUGAGGCUGGGUCUGGGGCCGGUUCUGAGGCUGGGGCUGGUUCUGAGGCUGGUUUGGAGGCUGGUUCUGAGGCUGGUUCUGGGGCUGGUUCUGAGGCUGAUUCUGAGGCUGGUUCUGAGGCUGGUUCUGGGGCUGGUUCUGAGGCUGAUUCUGAGGCUGGGUCUGAGGCUGGUUCUGAGGCUGGUUCGGAGGCUGGUUCAAAGGAUGGUUCGGAGGCUGGUUAUAAGGCUGGUUCUGAGACUGGUUCUGAGGUUGGUUCUAAGGCUGGUUCUGAGGCUGGUUCUGAGGCUGGUUCUGAGGCUGGUUCGGAAGCUGGUUCGGAGGCUGGUUAUAAGGCUGGUUCUGAGACUGGUUCUGAGGUUGGUUCUAAGGCUGGUUCUGAGGCUGGUUUGGGGAUGGUUCUAA